CAGCUGAUCAGGAUAAUAUCUGGGAAUCCACUUGAGUGCACAUUACCAAAGAUGAAUAGCUCAAUCAUAUUUGUGUGCAUGCAUUCGAGGAGGGAGAAGCUGCCGCGUUGGAUACGAUUGCACCAGCUUUGAAGUGUGCAGACUUGCCACUGCUAUGGGUGACGCUACUGUAGACACAGCCGCUAGCACAGCUUUGGAUCCAUCAUCCGGCCCAGGGCUGCAGGGAAAUGGAGGGACUCCUCUCAGCGUCAUCAGAGAAGGUGUUGGGGAGUUGGCGGUUAUCGACCCUGAGGUGGCGAAGAAAGCCUGUGAGGAGGUUCUAGAGAAGGUCAAGCUGAUGCAUGGUGUCUCCUCAGACAGCGUAGCUAAAUCAGAUGAUGGUAAUGAAAUGGAGAAUGCUCCACGGACCAAUGUGGGACUAGCCAAUGGAGACGUCGGAGAUGGCUGUGAAAUCAAAUGCUUGGACGAUCCACCUGGCACACCUUCCAGAAUUCAGGAGGAGGAUGAGACCAUGGCCAAUACAGUGAAAAGUGCACGGAAGCGACAAAAGAACAACUCGGCUAAGCAGUCCUGGCUGCUCCGUCUCUUUGAAUCCAAACUCUUUGAUAUCUCCAUGGCCAUUUCAUACUUGUACAAUUCAAAAGAACCAGGAGUACAAGCUUACAUUGGAAAUAGAUUGUUUUGCUUUAGGAACGAGGAUGUGGACUUCUACCUGCCACAGCUGCUAAACAUGUACAUCCAUAUGGAUGAAGAUGUUGGAGAUGCGAUCAAGCCCUACAUUGUGCACCGUUGUCGGCAAAGCAUCAACUUUUCCCUCCAGUGCGCCCUGCUCCUGGGUGCCUAUUCCUCGGACAUGCACAUCUCAACUCAGCGACACUCCCGUGGGACCAAGCUGCGGAAGCUCAUUCUCUCUGAUGAAUUGAAGCCAGCUCACAAAAAGAGGGAGCUGCCGUCUCUCACUUCAACGCCUGACAUGGGGCUGUCACCUUCCAAAAGGACUCACCAGAGGUCCAAGUCGGACGCCACGGUUAGCAUCAGCCUGAGCAGCAAUUUGAAACGGACUGCCAGCAACCCCAAAGUCGAGAGUGAGGAUGAGGAAUUCUCAUCGAGUACGGAAAGUCUUGAUAAAUCAUUCUGUUCCCCUGUCAGACUUGCCCCAGAGAGAGAAUUCAUCAAAUCACUGAUGGCCAUCGGGAAGAGACUGGCCACUUUGCCCACCAAAGAGCAGAAGACUCAGCGUCUUAUCUCAGAGCUGUCUCUACUUAACCACAAGCUUCCAGCACGUAUCUGGCUUCCCACAGCCGGCUUCGACCAUCAUGUGGUGCGGGUACCCCACACCCAGGCGGUGGUGCUCAACUCCAAGGACAAGGCACCCUAUUUAAUCUAUGUUGAAGUACUUGAAUGUGAAAAUUUUGACACCACUAACGUGCCCGCCCGGAUCCCGGAGAACCGCAUCCGGAGCACGAGGUCUGUGGAAAAUCUGCCAGAAUGCGGGAUCACUCAUGAGCAGAGGGCCAGCAGCUUCACCACGGUUCCCAAUUACGACAACGACGAUGAAGCCUGGUCUGUGGAUGAUAUCGGGGAACUGCAGGUGGAGCUCCCGGAGAUGCACACCAACAGCUGUGACAACAUUUCCCAGUUCUCUGUGGACAGCAUCACCAGCCAAGAGAGCAAAGAGCCUGUGUUCAUAGCAGCUGGCGAUAUUAGACGGCGCCUCUCGGAGCAGCUGGCACACACCCCAACAUCAUUCAGGAGAGAUCCCGAGGAUCCUUCUGCGGUUGCCCUGAAGGAGCCCUGGCAGGAGAAAGUCAGGCGGAUCAGGGAAGGCUCCCCUUAUGGCCAUCUCCCAAACUGGCAUCUCCUCUCUGUGAUUGUGAAAUGUGGGGAUGACCUCAGGCAAGAGUUGCUAGCGUUCCAGGUCCUGAAACAGCUGCAGGCUAUUUGGGAGCAGGAGCGCGUGCCCUUGUGGAUAAAGCCAUACAAAAUCCUCGUCAUCUCCGCAGACAGCGGCAUGAUCGAGCCGGUUGUCAAUGCAGUGUCCAUCCACCAAGUCAAGAAACAAUCCCAGCUCUUGCUGCUGGACUACUUCCUCCAGGAGCACGGCAACUACACUACUGAAGCAUUCCUGACGGCCCAGAGGAACUUUGUGCAGAGCUGUGCUGGCUACUGCCUGGUGUGUUACCUGCUACAGGUCAAAGACAGACACAAUGGCAAUAUCUUGCUGGAUGCCGAUGGACACAUCAUCCAUAUCGAUUUUGGAUUCAUUCUCUCCAGCUCCCCCAGGAACCUCGGCUUCGAGACAUCAGCCUUCAAGCUCACCACGGAGUUCGUUGAUGUCAUGGGCGGUCUGGAUGGUGACAUGUUUAACUACUACAAGAUGCUGAUGCUGCAAGGCCUCAUCGCUGCCCGAAAGCACAUGGACAAAGUCGUGCAGAUUGUGGAGAUAAUGCAGCAAGGUUCUCAGCUGCCCUGUUUCCAUGGCUCCAGUACCAUCCGCAACUUGAAGGAGCGUUUCCACAUGAACAUGACUGAGGAGCAGCUGCAGAUGCUCAUUGAACAGAUGGUGGAUGGCAGCAUGCGGUCGAUCACCACCAAGCUCUAUGACGGCUUCCAGUACCUCACCAAUGGCAUCAUGUGACGGUUGCGCCCCUCCCACCGAUUGGAGGUUGGCUUUUGCCGCAGCCACAGUGCCCAGCUGGAGUCUGACCACCUGGCCACGGGAAAAAGUCUCGCCCCCUGUGGAGACGGGAGUCGAGCAGUAGCACCUCCCAGGUGCCAGGUUUACCAGACUCUCAAACAAGCAACAACAAAAAACAGUGUUCUGAGAAGCAAAACCCAUGCGUGAAAUUGACUAAAACAAAAAGGAUCAUGUGGCAACAAUUGUGAUCACGUUUAAUGUGACCGCAGGGUCCAGGGGUUGGUGAGACAAAAGCCAUCAGUGCUCUGUAGAUGACAGAGCAUCUGCUAGACACCAGAACCAUGUGUACAUCUGUUCCUCCCAUCAUUUCAGUAUUAUGCCUGUUGAUGUCCUGUGAACUCUUCCAUGAUCUCAUAAACGUUUAGGGCCUGGGGUGGUGGUGGGCCCAACAUCCUCCUCCCUGGGUAUGGUAUUUGCCGAUACUUUGACCCUUCUGCUAGCACCACUUGAAUGCAGUUAUGGGGAACCCCCUGUACAAUAUUGUCAGCAUUAUUUGUCUUUCCUAAUAUUGGUUUGGCUUUUUUCACACUUUGCACAUUUUUAAUGUAAGUUUAAGUUGCAAGUCAGGCAGCAGACCUGUCGAGAUCAGAGGAAAGUAGCCACAACUCAUGUAGCACAGUCUUCACUUUCUGGAGUGCAGGGUUAUUCGGACUUAGAUAUUUUUGUUUCCUUUUAUCCACUUCUCUCAUGGGCUGGCCAUGCGAUCGCAUGUUGGUCUUGCCUUUCCUUGGGCACCUUUUUGACUUUGUUCCACAAAUCUGGGGCUGUGAAACUUUCCCUUCCCCCCCAGUAAUAUCAGACUUAAUGCUUCAUGGGUUUGUACCGCACUGAAUGUCUUGUCCUUGGCUAACGAUCCCAGUGGUACUUGGCCCUGAACUCGCACUUCCUUGAACUCAGCAGCAAGGCUGCACAUUGCUUUGUGUGUGGUAUCUGCACGGGGGUUACGUUUGUGUGGAUGAUGAGUUUUUACGUCUGCCUGGAUCGAACCUCUAAAAGCAGCAUGUUCCUUGUCUCGUCCCUCCUUGAUGUCGUAAAUUGCCCUGAACCAAGUUUCGUGGCUCCAAGGGCGUGAGGCAAAACAUGGACUAACGUUGCUAGUUUUUUCCCCUAGGGUAACAAGGCUAAUCCGUUUUACCUUGCUAGCACACCUAGCUAGAGUUCAGGAGAAAGGGAUUGGUUUUUGUUUUUCAGUGAGCAGUUUUAAGUAAAGUGAUCAUGUUAGUUUUUCUUCCCCAGAAACAAGUCAAAAGCAGAUGCUGACAAGCACAAAAUUGUUGCAAAGAACCUGUAGAAAGCAGCCUUGAAGUUGGAAGUCCAAACUGUCUGGCGCACAGAUCCAAGGCACAGAAAUAACUCUGCUGGGCUAAUUUCAUUUUUAAAACUCCCUUUUCACUACUAUCCAGCUGAGAACAUCUGUACUUUAUAAAGAACAGCAAGGUCUGAUUUGUUGAAGCUUCUCCAUUUCUUUGUAUUGAUAUAACUCUAUUUAGACACAAGUCCCUUCCCUUGUCCUCUGUCCCUUCAGUGUUUUGGACUUCCUGCAGUUGCAGAUCAGAUAGUGGAAUCCUUUAAUACCUGAAUGUGUGUGAUUUGUUACCUCAGUCCUUGUUCUCCAUCCCCUAUUUACUUCUCUAUGUGGACUCUCGUAUUAAUAAGUAUGUUUGUUUAGUGCUACUUUACCAUGUUGAUUAUUUAGCAUUUUUUGAACUGUAUCAUAAAAUUAUGGGAUAGAGGUUUCUGGCAGGACAAGGCAGUGCUUCAGUGUUUUGCACCUAAUUCACAGAAGUUCAAACCGCUGCGUACCUCCAGCAGUCCAACAGAUGAGCCGUAAGCUAGACUUAACUUUCUUCCAAUUGCAAUUAAAACAUACCUGGGAGAAGGGGGGGUGGGCAGAGGGCAGCAUAAUCUUGUGUCACUCCAUGAGUUCAAAACUGGCUGUUCUUGUUGCCAGUCUAGAAAUCGAUUGUCAAAACUUAAAAUAUGGCUUUUUACUGUCCACUGAAGGAAUUAUGAAAGGUCUGAAACUCUUUUCCUCCUCUGCAGUCGCUGUGCCCCCGUGCUUCAACUUCCACAGUUCCAUUGAGCCUUUGAAACGGACCCUGUCAUUUGUGUUACAGGGUCUAUUUCAUUUCCUGAAAUGUUGACUUUGUGAGGAGUGGGGAAGGCUUGGGUAGCAAUAUGCAGAUCCUUGCUGGUGGAAAUAAAAAAAGGACCUAGUUGCUUUUGUCUGUCUGUCCAUUCUGUUUUUAAUUUUUCCCUUUAAGUUCCUCCUUGUAACAUCUGUUGCUACCCAGCUGUUCCCGGAGCAGCCAGCAAUGGCUUGGAAAAGGGGCCGUAGUUUUUUAAGGAACUAUCUGAAUUUCUGUGGGAAAGACCCCACGUUGCAGCAUUAGAGGGGUGGAGGUAGACUGGUGAUCAGCAUGUGGGAUGGCAUGAUUUUGGUCUAAAAAUAAGGCCAAAAAGUAACUAUGAAUGUCAGAAAAAUGAGGGGUACUUGUCACAGGUUUGUAGCUUACAAGCAGAUUUGCAGGCUGCUACGUUGACUGGGCUUACACUUCUGUAAUCAACCUGCAGCGGUAAUUCUAAGGGUAGCAAUUAUUGUUUGUGGACCAUUUUGGCUACUCCUACAUUUUGAAGCUGAGAGAGGAUAAUUUUAAAACUUUGCAAUUGGCUUGAUUUUUUUAUUGUGUGUGUGUGGGGUUCACUGGGAUUUAACUUUUGGGUCAAAUUUAGGCUUUGUUUACUCAUUUGUAUGUAACUUUGCAGCCUGUUGAAUUGUCAGAAAACUGAUUUACUGUACUUGCUAGCCUGAUGUUUCAGCUUCUGCCUCAACUCAGACUUGUUUGGCUGUGGAAAAGCCCCAAACAGACACUUUGAAUGACUCCAUCUUGUUAUUUAGCUUCCCCUUCUGUAUUUCUACUGUCCUGGAAAUGAACUGCAACCAGGUUCCUUUUUAAGCGUAGCAAAAGACUGAUGGACACCCCAGGAUCUUACAUGAUGUGCCAGUGGCAAAUUACCAGUAAAAUGGGAUACUUGAUACAAGUUACCCAGCCAGUUGUACAACUUCUGCAGACCUUUGCUACGUAAUCUGGAUGGGACCCUUUGGAGUGUAGUUUUCAUGUAACAUCAUCGUGCAAAGAGGAAAGGGACAAAAUUAUAAUAAAUAGGCCAUACUCAUGGCCUCUCCUGGAACUUAAGCGAACACCCUUUCUGAGAGCUGCUGCUGGCUACACGGACUGUGUGUGAACCUUUCAGUGGGUGGGGAUUUUUUAUUUUCCUAUUCAGUAAGGAUGGGCCAAACUCAGAAAUAAAAUAUCCAACCGGAACUUGAUUUCUAAUAAAAUGUCCUUUUAAAAAACAAA